AAAACUGUCUGGAGAAUGAAGGAACAAGGACUGGACUCUGGGACCCCAUCCUGCAAGCGCCUUCCUGACGCAACAGACUUGACAGACCGGGACCGAAGGAACGACCCAGCGAUGGGGCCCUGCGCCCUCCUGCUCCUGGUCUCCCUGACCCCCGGGGCCGCCAUCUCCGUGUCGCCGGCCCUGAGGGCCCUCAACAGCCUGCACCUGUCAACUGGCUUCGGUUCCCUCCACGAUGGAUCCAAGAAGUACUCGAUUCACUACUUCCAGCAGAAGGUUGAUCAUUUUGGAUUUAACAAUGAUAAGACUUUUAAACAACGGUACCUAGUAACUGAUAAGCACUGGAAGAAAGAUGGUGGAACAGUACUUAUCUACACUGGUAAUGAAGGGGACAUUACCUGGUUUUGCAAUAAUACGGGGUUCAUGUGGGAUGUGGCUGAGGAACUGAAGGCUAUGUUGGUGUUUGCUGAGCAUCGAUACUAUGGAGAAUCCCUUCCCUUUGGUGCUGACUCAUUUAAGGAUCCCAAACACCUGAAUUUUCUGACUUCAGAACAAGCUCUGGCUGAUUUUGCAGAGUUAAUCAAACACUUGAAAAAAACAAUCCCAGGAGCUAAAAAUCAGCCUUUCAUUGCAGUAGGGGGAUCUUAUGGAGGCAUGCUUGCAGCCUGGUUCAGGAUGAAAUAUCCUCAUAUGGUGGUUGGUGCUCUUGCAGCCUCUGCUCCUAUCUGGCAGUUUGAGGAUCUGGUGCCUUGUGAUAUAUUUAUGAAGAUUGUAACUAAAGAUUUUAAGAAAAGUGGCCCAAAUUGUUCAGAGAGCAUCCGCAGGUCCUGGGGUGCCAUUAAUCGAAUUGCUGCUACAGGUACUGGUUUGAGUUGGCUUUCGGAAACCCUUCGUUUAUGUGACCCAUUAGUAGAAUCUGAGGAUAUCCAGCGCUUGAAAGAGUGGAUCUCUGAAACCUGGGUAAAUCUGGCAAUGGUGGACUACCCUUAUGCGACCAGCUUUUUACAGCCUUUGCCUGCUUGGCCUAUCAAGGUAGUGUGCCAGUUUUUGAAGGACCCCAGUGUAUCAGAUGUACAGAUGCUGCAAAAUAUUUCCCAAGCUCUGAACAUAUAUUACAAUUAUUCAGGCCAGGCAAAAUGCCUGAAUAUGUCUGAGACAGCAACUAGCAGUCUGGGUUCUAUGGGUUGGAGCUAUCAGGCCUGCACAGAAAUGGUCAUGCCCUUUUGUUCUGAUGGUUUCACUGACAUGUUUGAACCUCAUGAAUGGAACUUGAAGGAAUUUUCUGAGGAGUGUUUUAAACAGUGGCGAGUAAGACCGAGGCCUUCCUGGAUCACUACUUUGUAUGGAGGCAAAAAUAUCAGCUCACACACAAACAUCAUUUUCAGCAAUGGUGAGCUAGACCCUUGGUCAGGUGGUGGAGUGACUGAGGACAUCACGGACACCUUGAUUGCAAUCACCAUCCCAGAGGGCGCCCAUCAUCUGGAUCUCCGAGCCAACAAUGCCUUAGAUCCCACGGCCGUGCUAUUAGCCCGCUCCUUGGAAGUUAGAUAUAUGCAGCAAUGGAUCCGAGAUUUCUAUGCUAGUCCAAGAAAGAAGCACUGAUCAAUUUUCAUCAGUGUCAGUUUUUUUCUUUUAUGUUUAUUCUCCCCAUAUUCCCAUUCACUGUAGUUCCUUUACGUAGUUAAUUUCCCUUGUUUAUCAUUAGGUUUGGUGGGGCAAAGCUUAAGGUCAAAAACAGGGUGGUGACAGCAGCUAUCCCACACCCCAGGUCCUUGCAUCUUUGCACCACCUCUAGGAAAAAUCUUUUUAUGGCAGCUUUUCCACACCAUCAAGGGCUCUCUUAACUGGAACAGAGUUCCCAGCUGCUUUUCACAGAGGGAGAGUCACUUUUUUUUUGUUUCUCUGCAAGCAGGGAUUUGGUUUUAAGGUUGACGUUUCUUUGGCCCAUUUGUCACUCAAAUGAUGUCAUUCCAGCUGUGGGAAGAAUGUGGUGCCAAUCCAGGAAAUGGGAACCUUUUCUUUUAUACUUGAUUUAAUGGCUUUCAACUAUGCUGUGAAUAAAGAGUGAGGCUGGACUUUAUACCUGUAUGUUGCGCCUCAAACUCACUCCAGCUGUUGCGAAUGCUGUGUGCACUAGGCUUGGCUGUUUUCGGAAAGUCAUUUAAUAUUCUCUUUUCUACUUGGCAGCUUUUCUUAGUUCUGGGAUAUUUGCCACUGUAGCACUGCCAGUAAGAAAUCUGGCCUUUUUAUGCACCAUUUCUUUUGAUUUCUAAGGUCAGUUCUGUGGUAAUUUGGUUAAAUUCUGCCAGUUUAGGAAAAUGACUGUUUUGCUUUUAACAAAAGUUUUGAUCAAACUUUUGUGUGCUGUGGUCAGUGAUGAUAUUUUAGUAAGAAGCCUUUAAAAUGGAUGAAUCAGCCAUUCAGAAAAUAGAAUGUAGUUAUAUGCAGCAUUUUAUUCUGUAAGCUUUAUUUUCUGGUGUUUGUUGCUGCUGUCAUUAAAGCCAGAAAUUGUCAGGACAUUAAGAGGCAGGUGCACGAGAACUUUUCUGUAUGACUUCCAAAAGACAAGCUGACUAAUUCAUGCAGGCAGCAUAUUUGACAUUAAUAAAUGGCUGAGUCGUUCCUAUUUCUAAGGGGUUGGCUUCUUUCAAGCAGUUCUUACACUGAGACCUUUCUUCAGAAGAGCUUUUCUAGGAUAACAAAUAGGGUUCGAUCAAAACCUUUCAGGGGCACAGAGAGAGACUAACACUUUCUGCUCUGUUGAAAGAUUUCUUCCCCCUUGUUACUUUUUUUUCAACUUUUUUUUUUUCUUUCCCCUGCCUUGGAAACAUUUUCUCCUUUUUAAAAUACCUUGAGCUCUAUUAUUUCUAUAGCACUUAUUUUUUUAAAAAGUGCAAAUACAGAGUUUAUUCUUGGGUGGGUAACUGAAAUGUUUACCUCACUUUCCCUGGCAUCUGGGGGAUAAAGAAAAAUCUUUGUUUAGUUUCAGAAACUUUCAGUUGUCAUUGUAAUGAGUUGGCCAUCAGAGCAUAUUUCAGAAUCAGAGAAAAGUCUGAUAGGGUAGGAAGUUAAGAGUCAAAACAAUACUAGUGUUUCUUCGUCAACAAAGAUGUUACACAAUGCAGGGUUUAUGGCUUUAAUAGAGUAUAUUUUUUCUUCAAGGUACUAUUGAUUUAAGGAUAUUUUCCUUGAAACCUUUUUACCUGUUUAAAAAUCUUCAAAGUGCUUUGCCAUAUCAGUUGGUAUUGAUUGUUUGGAUGAGUUGCAUUUUUGUGAAGGAAAAAAAUUACUCAAAAAAGUGAAUAUAGGGCCUCCCCUGGUGGCGCAACG